CAAGCUCAUUUACAACAAUCAACAAUUUAUGACCCGAGAUUAGCAUCUGUUCUCACAUAUCCACAUAGUCUCAACAAAAUGCCUUUGGCAUAAAUGGCAGAUAUAAAUAGAGCUGUUUGGCUGAUGGUGACUUAUUUAAAGGAAGAACAAUUGAACAGCAAAGUUCAGAGUUGCUUGAUCUCUCUACAACACUUAAAACUACUAUGUGAUCAGAUUUACGGACCUCAGUGACAGAAAUAAUAUAUUUCCCAGGACGCAAGGACAGUGGGUGCCAUAAUAGACACCACAAACCCAACCCCUUACCUUCGCCUGCCAGGAAUGGAAAAUAAAAGCUGGAGGCUGGGGUCUUGUGAUGAGGAAUCCUUUGCUGGUAUUGGGAGGGGGAAGACUUAACGUUUUUGUGGAGCACUGGACAUUGUGGAGCUGACAAUUUAUCGUGGCUAUGAAGACUCAGUCCGAGGACAUGCCUGUAAAACAGCAAGAACACUUCAAAAAGCAAAGGGAUUUUCUUGCUUACCGAAUGAAAAAACUGUCGGCAAAGCAAGAGCAUUUCAUUGAAAAGACAGCAGUACUGAAAGAAAAGAUCAGGAAGAAGUAUGAGGACAUGAAGCGAGUGCUGGAUGAGGAUCUGCGAAUCACAAUGUGUCAGCUAGACAUGGAGCAGGAGGCUAUGGAGAGAACCACUAAAGAGAAAAUAGAAAGGUGCUACCAACUAAUGCAGGACCUGGAGCAGCAACUGUCUGAAACUGACAAACAACUGGACCAAGACAAAGCGCACAACUUGGAUCGGAUUUCAGAGACAGAUAGAAGGAUAAUGGAGACUCUGAAUGUGACAGAUCCAAAGUGUAUCCAAAUGGAUGAGUUUAAGAACGAGCAGUUGCUAAGUUUAACUGUUAAUUUAUUGCUGUUCAUCCGCUCACAGGUUCCUGUUACUAAGAAGCUCUUCCAGAGCUAUGCCCAAGAGGUGGUUCUAAACCCUGAUUCUGCUCAUCCGAAACUCAUCAUUUCCCCAGAAGGAAACUCAGUUACAUACACGGACACCUGGCAGGAAGUUCCAGAAAAUCCAUUCCGCUUUGACACCACCCUGAACGUAAUAAGCCAAGAGGGUUUCAAAGAAGGGCGCAAUUACUGGGAGGUGCAGGUCAUUGGCAAAACCUACUGGGAGCUGGGACUCACCUAUCCCAGCAUCCCCAGGAAAGGUCAUGAGGAGCAGUGCUGGCUGGGGCGUGGACCCGAGUCCUGGUGUGUGGAAUACUUUAAUGGUGAUUACACAGCUUGGCACAAUGGAGUUCCCCAUGAACUCACCCAUUUAACCGGGAAGCAAUUCCAACGUAUCGGGGUCUUCUCCAGCUCAUAUGGGGGUCUCGUGUGUUUCAUUGGCUCAGACACCAUGACCCCGUUCUACACCUUUUGUGUAGGCACAUUUACAGAUGCACUUCAUCAAGCCGUCUGUCCUGGCCAUGACAACCAGGGGACUAACUGGAAACCACUGCUGAUCUGUGAUGCCUCCAGGUUUGGGCCCAUUCUGUGAUGGAAAAACCUGAGAGGACAGAGAUGGCUGAAUAAACUCAAUAAAAACAGCCUUGUACAGUAUAAAGGUGUGAUUGAAGGCCAUAAAAUGUAGGUAAAAGAAUGACAUGACACACAAAGCAGUAUUUAUGUUUUAAUACUGCAGAGUGCUUAAAUGUAUUAUUUUAGAUGAGUCAUUUAAGUCUAAUUUGGCCCUUAAAAUGUGGGGCGGGGUUGGGGGUCAGAAAAUGUGCCAAUCAAAUUAUGUAUAUAAAAUUUCACAUCAAGAUCACUUAUGCUUUUUUCUCUUUUAUACAAUUUUCUUUUUUUUCAUAGCUUCACAUCAUGUGUCCUGAGGGCAAUAUAAAAUGAUUAUAAUCAGACAAGCUUUUAAAACGUUUUCUUUCAGAGAUCAUUUUAUUUCAGCACAAGUGGAUAAAAUACACUUUCUCCACUUGUACAGUAUACCAUAGGUAAUCUCUCUAUGUAGUGGACAGUUUAUUAAAACUAACGCUACAGUAGCUGCCUCUGUAGAUAAUAAGCCAACGGAACAUAAUAUGAAAUCAAAAUCAUAACUUUCAUACAAUACAUGUGUUGCUCUUUUUGUUGUUGUUGGGUGUAUGUGUGUGUGUGUGUGUGUGUGUGUGUGCAGAUUAAUGCAAAUUUGUUUUUAUUCACAAAUAGGAAUUCUAGGAUAAAACUUAAUUAAAAGUAGUGUGAAAAAUAAUAGUUUGUCAAUUAAAUGCUUGAACUCACUACAAACCCACUGAUGAUGUUGAAGCCCACCUCAAAUAAACAAAAAUUCAGAAUAUUGUCUUUUGUGCUUUAGGUUUCUAGCAUUGGUGUAAAUUAUAGACCACACUUUCUCAAAAGUCCAAAAAAAAAAUUUCACACAACCAUUUGAUAAUGUGUAAUAAAACAAAUUAAAAUAAAUAGACCGCAAUGAUCAAAGUUAGGAUGACGAGCAAUACAAAAAAUACUGGUGUUUGUACAGCAAGCAUCAUCAUCAUAAAUAAGGAACUUCCCCUUUCUCUUGCUGGUAGGAUAACUAAUGAAGGAAGUAAUUCCAAAUCCGAACCAUAUACAGACAGCAAGUACUAUGAAGCUGCAGUGUGUAUUGUAGUAGGUUUUUUGAAAAGAGAUAGUUGUAGAAGCCAGUGAAGUACAAUUUAUUUCAAUGGGGUCAUUCGAGAAUAGUAAGGACAAAAAUGUUUUUUAAGGUAGUAAUAUAAGUCAAUAAUAAUAAACUAAUUAUACACAACAAUUUAUUGAUCCAGCUCCAACCAUUAACCACUGCAUUCCCCUGAUUCACCAGCCAGUUAUAUGUGUUUUCACAGUGGUAAUUAUAAUGGAUAAAAUUCAGUUAUUUCUACAAGUUCUUCACUACAAGAGG